AAUAGGAUGGAAUCUCCAGAAGCACCAGUCACUCCAGCACUUUUUCGUCAUGGCGACCAGUCGACAGCAAUGAAUAUAUCGGACAGUGAAACUCCGUAUACAUCAAGCACGCCAGAUUUACAUAAAGUUCAGUCAACAGCAACUUUCGUUGAUCAUCCUUCAACUUCACGUGCGUGUACAGCUGAACCGUUAGGAAAUAAUAUUCCAGAUCGACCGGAAGUCUUCUCCCUUUCAAAACGUAAAUCACGUUCAGUUGCUGAUGUAUUUUCCGCCCUUGAUAAAGAUAAAGAACAGAAAUCGAUUGUAGUUGAGUCAAAUUAUGAUUAUACUCCUAAGCGCAAAGAUGAAUUAAAUUUGAAGCGCGGAUCAACAAUUAAAGUGAUACGUCGCGAUGGAGAGGAAGGUUGGUGGUACGGAGAAAAAAUGGAUGGGAGCGGAAAAAAAGGAUUUUUCCCUGAAAAUCAUGUACAGCUAGCUAAAGGUUUGGCAAAGGAAAUCGAUCUAAAUGAUGUUAAGUUUACUGGUCUACUCGGGGCUGGUGGAUUUUCAGUGGUGAAAUCGGCAAUUUAUCAGGGACGGGAAGUUGCAGUUAAAACUCCACAUUCAAAAUAUAGCAGAAAAGAAAUAUUAGAAGCUGUUCGAGAAGAAGCAAGUAUUUUUCAAAUGUUAGAUCAUGGAAAUAUUGUCGAAAUGUAUGGUGUGAUCGUUGGAGAUGAACCAGCACUGGUUCUUGAGCUUUGCCGAGAUUCAUUAGCAAAAGUAUGUUCUAGUAAAAAGAAUAUUUCACUUUCGGAAGAAAUAAUUAGCAAUUGGGGUAUUCAAGUUGCUCGCGGAAUGAACUACUUGCAUAGUCUGAAUGUACUUCACAGAGAUCUGAAAGCAGCUAAUGUUCUAAUCAAAGAAAAGGUUUGCGAUUGCUUAUUGAAUUCACAAACAAGCAGCGAUGAACAGCUAACACAUUCGUUCCAAGCCAAAAAUGGAAUUUGUCAGAAAUGUGGUGGUUCAGCGUUAAACUGCCUCACUUUAAAAAUUGCUGAUCUUGGUCUAUCAAAAAAACUGAGAGUUCCUGAUUGUAGGAUGAGUGUUGUAGGUACGAUACCGUAUCUUGCACCGGAAGUAAUUCGUGACCGUAAAUGUUCUAAAGCAAUGGAUGUUUGGAGUUUUGGUCUCGUUCUUUGGGAAGUGUUAACUGGUGCAACUCCUUUUGAAGGUCUUGGUCCAGGAGCUGUGCAAUUACAGAUAGGGACGUUUGUCAAACAAAAAAUUCCCUCGUCUUGUCCUGCAGAUCUGAGACAAAUAAUUGAAAGUUGCUGGCAUGAUGAUCCAUUACAAAGACCAACAUUCAAAGAUCUGAUUAUUGAUUUGGAGAACUUCAGCAACAAAUUCCGAGCAUCAAACCCGUAUGAUCAAACUCUCUUGGAGAAUAGCUUGCACAAAUUAAGAAAAAGUAUGAUGGAAGAAAUAUCAGCGAUUGCUAAUGAAAUGGCGAGAAAAGCAGAAGAGUUGCAAAGACGGGAAGAAAACGUUAAAAAGGGUGAACGAGAAUUGGAACUUAAACGGAUGAUUUUUGAACUGCAACAAACUUUAUCGGAGAGACCACCAAAAGAAAAACCAUUGCCGCCGAAAAGACGGCAGCAUUUGAAGUGCGAGGAUAUAUCAAAACCUUAUGCGAUGAAUGGAGAUGGAAUGGAUGGAGUAGUAAAUGGUGUACCAGUAAAUGAGGAUUGGUCUCAAAUGUCCAACAGUAUGCAUGUGGAUGGAACUGUUCUAGGAUUUGCUACACUACCUCGAAUUCCGAAAAAACUCAUAUUAAAAAGCCAGAAUCUUAAUUGUGUUGGGGACUGUCCAACUCAACAACGAAUGCCAUCAAAAAGUACACCUGAUCUACUGAAGCUUUACCGUCUUCCGCCUCAUAAUGCAAGUCCCAAGCUCAAACGUGUCAAUGCUUGUAAAGUAAAGCGUGAUUCUGCUCGUACUAGUGCCGAAGAAGAGGUAGAUGAACAAUGUGUAGAAGUUAUUAAUGAUAAAGAUUUGGAAAGUCUUCUAGAAAGUACAAGUCAACAGCCGAAAACUUCCUUAGAUCAUUUAGCUACACCACGACGUAUUGUGCAGCUACCACCAUCAGUGAAGAAAUUACCUGCUGAUCAUCAUGUUAGGUCUAGUUCUGCUGCUGAUGACCGUCCGCGUUCGAAAAUGAGUAGAGAGGAAGAUCGUGGAUUCUUUCGUAAUAUUUUCAAACGUGACGCAAAAGAACGAGCAGGUCAUAGUAGUGGAAGUUUGUCCAAACUAGCAGUUGUGUCUUCACCGCGAAGUUCAUGCAUUGUUGGGUCAUCCAUCAUUUCGAAAGCUAUGGCAGCACCAUCAAGACAUUAUGUAGUCAAAAGUCCGACAAAGCCAAUAAAAAUGGGAAAGAAGAAAAAGUGUACAGCUGAUGCACAAAUCGACAAAUAUGAUUUGACGGAAAAUUCGAAAACAUUUGUGAAACGUAGUGAGCGUCGUAAUAGUUCGACGCCUUCACAAACCAAUGCAGUAUAUCCCACCAAAAGUAGUCCGGUAUCAGUAUAUUCUUCUAAUGAUGAAUUAUAUAUCGGAAAACGAAUGGCAUAUGAAAAAUUGUCAGAAGUUAUGGAUCCAGGAAUCAUCGAGAACCCUUCAUAUAUUUCACCAAAACAUUUCCCUCCACGUGAUCGAGCAUCUACUUCAGCAGCUACCAGAAUAUGUUUUAGUCCGGCAGUUAUGGAAAACUUCACAUACAAGCCGCCAAGUGAAAUUGCAGUCUCACACAAUGUUGUGAUGCAAGUUUCUUUAGAUAACCCUGUUGAAAGAGGUGUUGAUAUGUAUGUAGCAAAGCAUUCGUAUUAUUCACCUGUUAACGAAAAUGCUCCAUUUAAUGAAGAUUCAGCGCUAACUAAUCAGUCUUUGCUUCAUGGCGUUACAAUAAAUGGCCGAGAUUUGUGUUCACCUCUGUUGACAGUUCAGCAAACUUCGCUGAACGUGCCUUCACCAUCUGUUGUUGACGAAUGUGGCACUGACAUGAGUUUUUCCUUAUGUGAUGGUACUGAUUCUGGUGUCAAAAGUGAGCAAGAAGAUUUCGAGGAUCCACCAAAAAUUCAGGCUCCCACUCUUCCUGGGGUUAUAGGAUUUCGACCACAACGACCAUAUACAUUAGAUCUCAAUCUGCCGUCGACUCCUGCUGAAAGUGGAAUAAGUACUUCGGAAAGUCCUUAUCGUAGUUUUCCGAGUAUUGAUCACAUGUCUCAAGAUAAUACCCCGCCACCUAUUAUGGAUUCGACGCAACGAUCGGCACCACCAAUACCACCGCGUAUAAAUGUGAAACGUCCAGAAGAUGAACAGGUAGGGCAACGUCAAAAAUUAAGUCCCGUUUCGCAGUCACCUUGA